AGCAGAAUGGAGACGCGUCCCCAGGCUCGGGUCCAGGCGCUGCUGCUCUGCCUGGGUUUCCAUCUUCUACAAGCAGUACUCGGCACAACUGUGAUUCCAUCAUGUAUUCCAGGGGAAUCUGGUGAUAAUUGCACGGCUUUAGUUCAGAUGGAAGACAAUCCACGUGUGGCUCAAGUGUCAAUAACACAGUGUAGCUCUGACAUGAAUGGCUACUGUUUGCAUGGACAGUGCAUCUACCUGGUGGACAUGAAUGAAAAUUACUGCAGAUGUGAAGUGGGUUACACUGGUCUCCGAUGUGAACACUUUUUUUUAACCGUCCACCAACCCUUGAGCAAAGAAUAUGUGGCUUUGACUGUGAUUCUUAUUAUCUUGAUACUUGUCAUACUCGCUGGUUCUAUGUACUAUUUCUGCAGAUGGUACAAGCAUCGAAAAAGUAAAGAAUCAAAGAAGGAAUAUGAGAGAGUGACUUCAGGGGACCCAGCAUUGCCACAAGUCUGA